AUGUCUAAAGAAAGUUCAGAGAAACCAAUUCACGGCUCAGAGAAUGGCGAACCAUGGACGGUUGAGAAAGCCUUGAGUCACAAUGACCUAGUUCAUAUAUCAGACUCACCGAUCUCAUUUUUCCAUCUUCUUGGCCUUCUCAAGACAACAAAGCGUGAAGGCUGGAAGAGACAUGGAAUUAAUCCCGAGUCGGUUGCAGAUCAUUCUUAUCGAAUGGGCAUGGUAGCAAUGUUUGCACCACAGGAACUUGACCAAGCCAAGUGCAUGAAGAUGUGCCUUGUUCACGACAUUGCAGAAUCUGUCGUGGGAGAUAUUACUCCUUUCAGCGGCGUCUCUAGGACUGAAAAGGGUAGAAGAGAGGCCUCAACCAUUGCUUACAUUGCCAGUCGAUGGUCUGGACCAUACACUGCCGAGAUUGAAACGCUGUGGCAUGAAUUCGAAGCUGGUGAAACUCCGGAGGCUCAGUUUGCCCAGGACAUUGACAAAAUUGAGCUCCUUCUGCAAGCAGUUGAGUACGAAAGGGAGAGUAAGAAUAAAAAAGAUCUGGGUGAGUUCAUGGGAGUUGCCCGAAAGUUAAGAACUGAAGCUGGAAAAGCAUGGGCAAAUGAAAUACUGGGGGAUAGGGAGAGGUUUUGGGAGGGCCGACAACACUUGAGGGGAGAACAUGCCCAACAGGGAGGGCUCUCUGAGGAGAUGACAAAGGCCCAUGAUGCAUAUUAUGGAUAG